GAACAGGUGCCUGAAGGCCUUCGCGACUCAUGUUAUCAAGUAGCUGGUGAGGAAACACCAGACUUUGCGUCCGUUGAAACGGCUUGUGGUUGUCUUCAAGGUGCCACGGCCGACUCGUGGCAACGGAGCCCGAAUACGAGAUCACGUGAUGAAUUUGCGGUCGAAACGUCAGACCUUGCGUCCGUGAGUCUCAGCCGUUGCAUGUUCUUUCCACCGACUUGCAUUUGCGCAAACAAAUAGUGAGUUGAAAAUGCUGACAAACGAGCUCUCUGUCUCUCUCUCUCUCUUUUCUCCGCCCGGCGCUUGGCGCUUGGUUCGGGCGACAUGACCUUAGUCCGCCUUGUUUCUUUUCCCUUUUCGCACUCACUACUCACUCACCUCUAUAACAAUGAGAAUUGUUUGAAACACGUCUACUGCUUCAACCACAUUAACUCAUUCAACUCUCCCACUUGAGUCGCUUCAUACACCGCCUUGAACACAGAAGCAGCCACCAAAGAUGCAGGAAACCGACCCCCCUUCUCCAGACACCUCCUCUGACCAUCAGCUUGGCGAGAAAGAGGUGAUUGCAGAUGGCGACCAUGGCCUGUCACCGGCGACCGACGAGGAGCCAAAAGACUACGCAUCGGGACUCAAACUGGUCCUGUUCAUGCUCGCCAUCGGAAUGAGCACAUUCCUCGUCGGUCUCGAACUCGGUAUCAUCUCGACCGCCAUCCCUGGCAUCACUGACAAGUUCCACCGCGUUCAGGACAUUGGAUGGUACGGGUGUGCUACCUUCCUGGUCGUCGCUUCAGUCUCGUCAAUGUGGGGCAAGGUGUUCAAGUACCUGAACGUCAAAGUAGCCUACCUUGUCGCCAUUUUCAUUGUCCUGGUUGGAAGUGUUGUUUCCGCCGCCGCUCCAAACAGUGCAUCUGUGACUGUGGGACGAGCAAUUCAAGGCUGGGGCAUCGCUGGCACACUGAGCGGCUCUGUUAUCUUGAUCAACCUCGUCUCUCAUCCAAAGAAGCAUCCUAUGCUUAUCGGCAUCUGGACGGGGAUCUUCGUUAUCGCCACUAUUCUUGGACCUCUGGUCGGCGGUGCUUUCACCAGCGGAGUAUCUUGGCGGUGGUGUUUCUGGAUCAACUUGCCAUUGGGAGCACCAAUCAUUGCGCUAGUGGUGUUCUUCAUCCACAUGCCCAAGCAUGCAAAGCCAGCCCCCGCCACUUGGAAGGAGAUCCUACUACAGCUCGACGUGCCUGGCUUUGUCUUCCUGUUGGCCUCACUUGUUUGCCUGGCUCUCGCUUUGCAACAAGGCGGCCAGACCCACGCAUGGAGUUCAGGAUCUACCAUCGCGCUAUUGGUCCUCUGGCCUGUCUUCACGAUCAUCUUUUUCGUGAUUGAGUUCUUCCAGGGCGCACGCGCUAUAGUCCCUCUCGCCAUACUCAAACCACGUCUUACAUGGUCGAACGCGCUGUUCGCCUUCUUCACAAAUGCGGCCAACUACCAGGUUAUCUUCUACCUACCCAUCUAUUUUCAGUCCGUUCAUGGCAUGUCCGCGAUCAAGAGUGGAAUUCAUUUGCUUCCAUUCUUGGCCUUCUUUGCUUUAGGAGCGGUCGCCAGUGGUGCGAUAAUAGGAAAGACGCGGUAUCUGCAGCCAUACGAGUUGCUCAGUGGCAUUUUAUCGACAGCCGGGAUGGCCCUCUUCUACACUCUGGAAGUCGACUCCUCGCUGGCCCGAUACGUUGGCCCGCAAAUUCUCUUUGGUUUCGGUCUUGGUUUCGGCAACCAAAUUCCCAUGACAGCGGUGCAAGGUCUGUCAAAACCUGAAGACAUGGCUAGUUCGUCUGGUCUCAUUCUGAUGAUGCAAGCUAUUAGUGGAACUUACUUCAUCCUGAUCGCGGGGUCCCUGUUCACCAACAGGAUGCUGGAUACUUUAAGGGUCUCCCAUCCCACUUUCAACGUCGGCCAGGUCAUCAGCACUGGCGCAUCCGAGAUCCAGCAUGUCUUCCAGGGCGAGGACCUGGCUGCGGUGCUCGAUGCUUACAUGGUUGGCAUCAAAGCGGUCUUUGCCUUCUCGCUGGCUACAUGCGCGUUGACGGUACUGAUUGCAUUGGUCAUUCCGUUCCGGAGGCUUCAUGAUCACGCUGCCGAGAAGAAGGGGGAUGUAGAGUUGGAACCCAGUGUCUAGAGUUCCAAGAGUUGGAAGGAAAAUGUAGGAUGCCGAUUUCCUGAGGUCGAUGUGUCUAUCAAGCCACAUGAUUAGAUGAUCAGUCAUCCGUGGUGGAGUACAAAAUGUCGCGAUGUUCCAAACUUCCCACUUACGUUCUUGUAAUAUAUAUCCACCAAUACCAAGAGAUAGC